AUGUGCCGCUGCAGACCUGAGGCAAGGGCAGCGGUUUACCCCCAAGGUGAAUUCACCACAGCAGGCCGCACCACAGAGGAAAUGGCGGCGCCCGCGGGGACGGGGCCACGGCCGGGCCAGGGCCGCAACCGCCGCCGCCACGACUCCCCGGGCGGCGGCCCCGUCGCCCCGCCGCGCUCCUCACCGUGCCGUCGGGCUCCAUCUGUCCGUCGUCGUCGUCGUCGCCGCCGCCUCAGCCCCCGGCACGUUACCGGCACGCGUCGCACUCUGCAGAGAGAGGCCUGCAACGGGCGAGGGAAGAGACACCCCGGCGGCCAGCGCCGCGGGCCGGGGCGGCACUCAGCGGGGGAAGCGGGCCGGGGCGGGGGUCGGGAGCAGAGGUGGGGCAACCGGGGAGGGACAGAGCAGCCUUUCCUCGCCCCAGCGCCGGCCCCCACCCUCAAGGUAGACACCUCCCCGCUGAGGGGGCGGCCCCCGCUCCCCGCCGCCCCUCAGCCCUCCCUCACGCGGGAACCCUCUCCUCGACGCGCCGGGGGCGUCGUCUCCCCUGACAGAAUGCCUGUGGGCAGCGGGCGGCUGAGGUGCCGCUUCCCCCUCCCCGCUUUCCCCGGCGCCUCCCGGUACCGUCACUCACCGCCCGCCCCGCCUCAAGGCCCUGAGGGGCCCCCGGCCUCCCCGCCCCGGGGCCGGUAG